UUUCUUUGAAGCUCAAGCUCUCUGGAAGUGGCGACCGAUCUAAAAUGGCAGCCAACCCACUCCAAAUCGACCGCAAGAGCGGGUUUAGCAGCUCCAACUCCACCUUCUACAGCAAGCGCAACCCCAUCCCCCUUCCUCCCAACCCCUUCCUCGACGUCACCACUUUCAUCUCCUCCCACUCCCACCGCGGCUCCACCGCCUUGAUCGACGCCUCCUCCGGCCUCCACGUCCCCUUCCCCGAGCUCUGGCGCUCCGUCGACUCCCUCGCCGCCCGCCUCUCCGCCAUGGGCAUCCGGAAGGGCGACGUCGUCCUCCUUCUCUCCCCCAACUCCAUCUCCUUCCCCGUCGUCUGCCUCGCCGUCAUGUCCCUUGGCGCCGUCAUCACCACCACCAACCCCCUUAACACCGCCUCCGAGAUCGCCAAGCAGAUCGCCGACUCCAAGCCCGUCCUCGCCUUCACCACACCCGACCUCGCCCCCAAGCUCGCCGCCGCCGCCUCCAGCCUCUGUCUCGUCCUCAUCGAGGACGCCGCACCGCAAUCUUCUCGACCUGACGGUGGCAGUGGACCCGCUCCGAAAGCAAAGAUAAUCACGACUCUGCGCGAGAUGAUUGCGAGCGGACCAGAGGCAAGCGGGAGGCGAGUCAGGGAGCAAGUCCACCAGAACGACACAGCGACUCUGCUCUACUCGUCUGGCACCACCGGCGCGAGUAAAGGCGUCGUCUCCUCCCACCGGAACCUCAUCGCGAUGGUCCAGACUGUCCUCAACAGGUUCAAUUUGGACGAGGAAGGGCAGCAGCGGUUUUUGUGCACGGUCCCGAUGUUCCACAUCUACGGCCUGGCGGCUUUCGCGACGGGCCUGCUCGCGUCUGGGUCGACAAUCGUCGUCCUCUCCAAGUUCGACAUGCACGAGAUGCUCGCGUCGAUCGCCAAGCACAGGGCCACGUACCUGCCGCUCGUGCCACCGAUCCUGGUCGCGAUGGUGAACAACGCGGACCAGAUAAGGGCGAGGUACGACCUGAGCUCGCUCGGCUCGGUGCUCUCCGGCGGGGCCCCGCUGAGCCGGGAGGUGAUCGAAGGGUUCGUGGAGAGGUACCCGGCGGUGAGGAUCUUGCAGGGGUACGGGCUGACGGAGUCGGCGGGGAUCGGGGCGUCGACGGACUCGCUGGAGGAGAGCCGACGGUACGGCACGGCGGGGCUGCUGUCGCCGAGCAUGGAGGCGAGGAUCGUCGAUCCAGAGCACGGGGAGGCGUUGGGAGUGAACCGGACGGGCGAGCUUUGGCUGCGGGGGCCCACCAUUAUGAAAGGUUAUUUUAGCAAUGCCGAAGCAACCACCUCGACUUUGGAUUCCGAGGGAUGGCUGAGAACCGGCGACAUCUGCUAUUUCGACGAGGAUGGGUUCAUUUUUGUGGUUGAUAGGCUGAAGGAACUUAUCAAGUAUAAAGGAUAUCAGGUUCCUCCGGCGGAACUAGAGGCAUUGUUGCUCACGCAUCCUGAUGUUGCCGAUGCUGCUGUUAUACCGUUUCCUGAUAAGGAGGUCGGCCAAUUCCCCAUGGCAUACGUGGUAAGAAAAGCUGGAAGGGAGCUAUCAGAGACAGCGGUCAUGGACUUCGUCGCCAGACAGGUGGCCCCAUACAAGAGAAUCCGGAGGGUGGCAUUCAUAGCUUCCAUACCGAAGAAUCCUUCUGGCAAGAUCCUUAGGAAGGAUCUCAUCAAGCUUGCUACGUCCAAACUUUGAAGCAUCAGGAGCUUUUCGUGGCCGUGGCGGGCAAUCGCCUUUCUCAGUUGAUAUUGAGUUCACUUAGCUAGUUGUUUGCGUGACAUUAACUCCUAGAAAGUAUUUUGAGAUUCCUGAGAACAUAUUCGGCAGCCCCUUGGUUAUCUUAACUUCUGUAUAGUUCUCUUCUUUGGGAAUGCCAGAACCUCAAUUAUCUGUAGAUAUCCUCUCUUGCUGAAUGCAACGAGAAUAAUUUAAGGUCGGUUGCGAAAGACAUUGGUUGAAUGCAACCCAACUUCGGGCUUCAAUACUCUCUUUUCUUUUCCUUA